GAUGGCGAACCAGGAAAAACCCUUAAAAAGCCCAUGUUUUACUCUUAGAUGAAAGAGAUGGCGAACCAGGAAAUGGAUUUUCAUUUCAAAUAAAUAAAUCCGAAGAAAGAUUUUUUUUACUGUACUCAAUGGCGGCGGUGUCGUCAACAGCGUACCGUGGAAAUCCGGAGCUCACCUUCAAGCCUCGACUUCGCCGCUUGUUUCCGUCUAAUGUCAAUGCCACCAGCCACAGAUCUGUAGCUAUGGCGUCCAUAAAGAAGGUGAACAAGUAUGAUCCGGGUUGGGAAAAAAAAUGGUUCGGUGCUGGGAUAUUCUAUGAGGCAACUGAAGAUGUGGAGCUCGACGUCUUCAAAAAGUUGGAGAAGCGUAAGUUCUUGAGCAACGUGGAGAAGGCAGGAUUGCUCUCAAAGGCAGAGGGUCUUGGUUUCACUCUCUCCUCUAUAGAGCAGCUAGGCUUGUUCUCCAAGGCCGAAGAGCUCGGCCUGCUAAGCCUGCUCGAGAAGGUGGCUAGCUUGUCACCAUCUGCAUUGGCCUCAGCGGCGCUGCCUGUUCUUGCGAGCGCCAUUCUGUCCAUAGUGUUGAUUCCAGAUGACUCCGCUGAGCUUGUGGUUGUACAGGCGGUUUUGGCCGGAGCGCUUGGGUUAGGAGCUGUCGGGUUGUAUGUUGGGUCUGUGGUUUUGGAAGGGUUGCAAGAAACUGAAUGAAAAGGCUCUCAUAGCAUAGGAGGGCCAGUGCCAUAAAAUAUAGCUGGUCUUUUGUUCUAUCCUAUGGCACUUUUUAUUUGUAUGGAUUUUGCCAUUUUUUAUCUUUAAGUGGUUGUGAUGUAUAGUAUAAUAUCACUUAAUAUUUAAAAAAAUAUAUGGUAAGAAAAGAACUUGUGAAAAGACAAUACUGAACAGUGAACACCAUCGAUAUAAAGUUGUCUAUUUUGCU